GUCUAAUCCCGUGGGCCAAUGCGUGGCAGCAUGAUCCGAUUCCGACGUUCUUAUCGCUUCUUCAUUCUAAAAUGGCGUCGGCAGGCGAUGGAAGUGCGACCGUGAAGAGCAAAAUUGGCGAGCUCAAAGUUGUCCAGCUAAGAGCCGAACUCGAAGGACGCGAGUUGGACAAGAGCGGCAGUAAAACUGCCCUGGUUGAGCGCCUUUCAAAGGCUUUGGAAGAGGAAGGGCUUGAUCCAGAAACCCACGAGUUCGAGGUUCCUGCUGAAUCUUCUACAACAAAGAAAAUGAGUAACGAGGAUUCUGAAUUAGGAAAUGAGAAAAGUGAUGUAGAAAAGGCACCUGAAGUUGAACCUGAACCUGAAACAGUGGAUGAAGCUGAAGAAGCGGAAGGUGAAAAGGAGGGCAGUUCUGAAGCAAUGGAUGCUGAUGCUCUACAGCUGUCAAUUGAAGAUGAAGAGAAACUGCUAAAUGAAGAGGAGGAGAACUUUGACAAAUCAAAAGAUGAAGCCUCCCAACAGGAAGACGACGGCAGCAGCUCUGCAGCGGCUGCCCCACCGGCCGAGCCGGCCAGCACCACUGCCGGCGCUACCAAGAAGAAAGGCGCCAAGGCAACCCCUGCGAAGGAGCAGGACAAGGCCUCAACCGUCAACGACUCUUCCCCAAAGGAGGAGGGCCAAGAAGGAGGGCAAGGGGGAGAUAGCGGCACAGAGAAGCACAAGAAAGAUGAUGAUGCCACCACGCCACCGACUGCCAACGGCACUGCAACCACACAGUCGUCAGCUACCAGCAACAGCGGCACCACCCCUGCUAAGGCUGCUACUGCAAAGAGUGCUGUGGGGAAGGCCACCUCAAAGACUGCGAAAACGGCCAAAGGAGAUGCGAAGAAGGUGGUUGCACCUGCCUCGAGUGGGCGAAAUCUCUGGGUGAGCAACUUGUCAUCGACGACACGAGCGGCUGAUCUUAAGGCACUCUUCAGCAAGCACGGCAAGGUGGUGGCAGCCAAAAUUGUUACAAAUGCAAGGACACCAGGUGCCCGUUGCUAUGGCUUCAUCACUAUGGGCACUGUGGAAGAAGCAACCAAAUGCGUCCAAAACUUGAACAGCACGGAGCUUCAUAACAAGACCAUUUCUGUGGAGAAGACCAAGUAUGAGCCUGGUGGUGCACUGAAGAGGUCGGAAGCCAAGAACAACCAAGCCAAGGCGCGUGCUGCUGCUGCCUCUGCUCGCAAAGACGGCAAGUCUGCUGAAACGUCGGCUGCAGAAGGAAGCUCAGCAAGUCAGACAAAGGCUAAGGCUCCCACGAAAAAGACAGUGGUCACAAAGAAAGUUGUCAAGCCUAAAGCAGCAGCUGACAAAGCUAAAGCUUCUAGUACAAAGGACUCGGAUGCCAAAAGCGGAGAUGAAAAGGAUGAUGUCAUGGUGAUUGAUGACAAUGAAGGAAAAGAAGACUCCAAGGACAAGCACCGCGAGAAGCGCAGCUCAGUCCGUGACCGUCACUCAGGGCGCAGUCGCUCGCGAGAGCGGCUCCCUCCCCGCCAUUCGUACUCGUCCAUUCGUCGUCCCUACGAGCGUAACAUGGGCUUCUACCGGAGGCCAAGCUUCUACCAACGGCCCUUUUACAAUCGGGGCAUGAGUGUGGGGCCUGGCUUCAGGGGGCCUUCAUCGUUUGGUCCACACCGACUGGGCGGCAGCAAUGAUGUGAUGGCACUGAGGAGGAUGCGGGAGGAGCGCAUGCGCGUGCGAGAGCGUAUUGAUCUGCGUGAAGAGGAGCGACGCAACUAUCAGGACACCCUGCGCCAGCGAGAGCUUGAACGCAAGCAGAGGGAAGAAGCUUACAGACUGGAACGUGAGCGAGAGCGUCUCAGGAUUGAACGAGAAAAGCUGGAACGUGAAAAGCUCGAGCUCAUCUGUCUUGAACGUGAGAAACAACGUCAGGAGAGGGAGCGCAUUCAGAAGGAGCGAGAAGAGCUUCGCCAGAGGCAACUGUACGUUGGCCGGGUAGAAGAAACACGGCGAGCUAUCAAGCGACCACUCGUGCCCGACCGAAGGGAGGAAGACACGUUUUACGCAGAGCGGAGGCGAUCCCAUCCGUCUAGGCCAGAAUACGAGAGCAGUGCCUCUAGCACCAGCAAGCCAGUGAGCCAGCGUUCAGACCGAGACGAGCGCUUUGGGGGAGGCAGCAGCAGCAGUCGCCACAGUCAUCACAGCAGCAGCAGCCACCACCACCACAGCAGCAGCAGCGGCCACGGUAGCAGCCACGGUAGCACACACGGCAGCACGCACAGCAGCAGCCACCACAUGCCUUCCUCAUCCCUGGGCAGCCAGAGCUUCUCCAGCAGUCGCAAUUCAGACUAUCGCCACAACGGGACGCGCAGCUCAAUGGCCGCACCACCGCCGCCGCCACCAGCCUCUUCGUCGUCGUCGCGAAGGCCCUCGAUGAGAGACGAGUGGCGCUCGGAAGGCACCAGCCGCAGGGAGCAUUCGUCGUACGAUGGGGCCAGCACUGGCCGCAGCAGCGGCGCAUUCGCCGUGCCCUCGUGGACCAAGGCCAGCAGUGGCAGCAGCUUUGCCACCUCGAACAGCGGAUCGCAGCAGUGGGUUUCUUCAUCAUCACGCAAGCCAGAGAGCUCUUCUUCAUGGAAUGGUGGCAGCGGAGACCAUCACCAUCAUCGCUGGAGCAGUACCGUCGGCAGUAGUACUAGUAGUCGAGGCGCCAGCAGUGCAGGCUCACAUUCAUCCGUUGCUGUGGGCGGAGGAGGCUACUCGAACAGCCUCUCAAAUGGUGGGGUGGGAAGUAGCUUUGGCGCUGGGGACCGGUACUCAUCGGGGGGUAGCUUGCGCAGGUAUUGAGCCUUUUGAACACAUCUGUGCACCUACCAUGCGAGCUUUGGUAGGGCCAGAAGGGGGGGUUGGGGGGGCGUCGGCAAUUUUCAGGCAGGGUGAGGCAUUCCCACUGCGAGAUUGCAGACAGAAGAACAGAAGUUAGUGCAGGGUGUAAGCCUUUCAUCGUUUUCACAUGGACCAUGCCUAUUUAUGUUGGUUUCUUUUCUUUUUUUUUUUUUUUCCCCACAAUGGUUGUGGGAGGUAGGCUAAAUUGUUCCCAUUUGUUAGAUUACAGGCAUUUCCUCCUUUUUUCUACAUUUUGUAUAAAACAUUUUGUCUGGCACACUGGCAGAGUAAUUAGACUACUGUUGUUGCGACUGUUCUUAUCACGUGUAGGCAUUAUGCAUUCCUCUUGUCCAGGCUGUUUUUGUUUACGCUUUUACUGUACAUCUGCAAAAUGGAAGACAAUAAAGUGCAUCAUAUGAGCUUGCCAUCACAAGG